ACCCUAGUAAAGGCGAAAAACUAAAAUCCAUACCAGAGAUAGAACCAUAUGCAAGAUUUUUAGAAAUUGAAACAGCACCUAAUUCUCUAGCCAAUUUAAGUUCAUCGUUUGAACAAAUACUUCAAUUAGCUAAAAACACGAAAGCAAUUGACGUUUAUCUUUACGUUAAUAUAAGUAUGAAUAAUGUUGUUGUAUAUUUAGAACAAAUUGAACAUGAUCCAAAAAAUCAAGAGUUCAUAAAUGCUAUCAAAAAAUUUGAGCCGAAAUUUAUUUAUCAACCGCCUGAACAACAACAACAUACUAAGAAACGUCAGCCUGGAAUUAUGGGUCCAACGU